AUGGAUAAUCAUCAUGGCUCUAAUUCAGAUAUUUUGGAUAUGUUUGACCUAGGUCUAGGAAAUGAAAUGGAUUUCGAAACUGCGUACAAGAUGCUGAGUUCAUUAGAUGAAACAUUGAUACCGUCAUCUCAUCAUACCACUAAUAAUAUCCAUCCUCAUACAAUUGAAAAUGCUAGUACUUUGUAUGAUACAUUAGACGAAAAUCAUAAGAAUUACAACAAUAAUUAUCCUCAUAAAUUUCACAUACCUGAACAACCAAAUGAUAGACAUAUGAAAAAUGAUUAUAACGAAAUGGGGAUUACAUUCGAUCCCAUCGAUAAAUAUAACCAACAUAUAACACACCUCAGUAAUGCAACUUCUAACAAUAAUACAAUGUCACCAGCACCUAUCAUCCAUGAUCAUCUGCCUCAGCUAGACCAUCAUCACCAUCACCAUCAGCAUCAGCAGCUACAGCAGCAACAGCAACAACAACAGCAACAGCAUCAUAAUGUGGAAGUUGAUAAUAAUACAAUUGAAGACCCCCUACAUAAUUUAGGACUACUAAGUGCAUUUGAAUCCAAUGCAAUUGAGGAUUUUCUAGACAAUUUGGUUAAAAAUACUCAACUUGGCACUGAGAACGACUUGACUUCAAAGCCGAUCGUUCAGACACAUCAACAACCCUCAAGUCAUCAUAUGGACUUUCAAUCCUCUUUAAAUAAGCAUUUUCAUAGUAACGCUCCUAACCAUUUGGAUAUUGAAAAUAGUAUAACAAAUGUUGAUCAUGGGAAGAAAACGCUAACUUCACCACCGAAAUUAAAAGAUAGCUCAGAAGAACUGGGCGAAGUGAUGAAGGGCAAGGAACAAGAAACUAUGAUUGGCUAUCCCUCAAAACCUUCCCAAUACAAUCCAGAACCACUAAUAUUACCAGAAAUAAUGAUUCCAGAUGAUAAGAUCCCAACUUCAAUAAAGGAUGAUGCCAGAUCAGUAAAGAAAUGGAGGCAUGUAGAAAUUGAAAAAGUUAGAAGGACUAUAACGAAAAAUGCAUAUGAUGAAUUGAUUGGUAUGAUUAAUAAGAAAUCUAAAACGAAAAGUACUAAAAGAAUACCGAAACAUACUUUAUUGGGGAUUAUCGUUAAUGAUAUUAAAGCUAUUGUUUCAGCUAAUGAUAAACUGGAAAAAUUAAUACGACAUCGAGAGGCCAGGAACUCGAAGAAUCCUUCAUAA